GAGAGAAAUUUAUGAGGAGAAUAGACGCGAUUUUCUCGUUUCUUUGAGUAUUAAAAAACGAGAAUCUUGCCUGCAAUCAGAAGUACUGCCCGCAUUUUUACCGCGAGGAGGUGACUCAUUAUUACUUCGGACUGUUUCAUCCACACCCAUAAAGUGAUUGAGAUCUUCAGUGAAGCUCCUCCUACAACAAUCCACCAAUAAAUGCUGGAGUCAAACACACAGAGAAAUCACUCCAUGUGUGACAACUGAAAUCUUCAUGACAUAAAGUUGAUGCUGGUGAAAGAGGAGCUUGAGAAGAUGACAGAUCCACAACCAUGCAGAAUAAAGGAUGAAGAUACUGAGGAACAAAUAGAUAUGAUGAAAGUGAAAGAGGAGAGUCAAGCUGAAGUGGAUGAGAAACAUCAGAUUGUAAAAAUAAACCAUAAUGUUUCACAGAAAGAAACUCUGAAGACAGAAGACAUAAAGUGUGAAAAUAGUUUCAGUGAAGAUGAACGCCCUGCAGAUCACAAGAGGACUCACAGUGAGGAGAAACCUUUCACAUGUCAACAGUGUGGAAAGAGUUUCAGAUAUAAAAGUAAACUUGAGGCUCACCUGAGAAUUCACACUGGAGAGAAACCACAUGUGUGCCAUGAGUGUGGAAACAGUUUUAGAUCUGCAGGUAACCUUAAGGAUCAUUCAAGAAUUCACACUGGAGAGAAACCUUACACGUGUCAACAGUGUGGAAACCGUUUUACAGUUGAAUCUAGCCUUAAGAAUCACAUGAGAAUUCAUACUGGAGAGAAACCAUACUCGUGUCAACAGUGUGGAAAGAGUUUUACAUCUUCAAGUGACCUUAUGAGACAUGUGAAAAUUCACAGUGGAGAGAAACCACAUGCGUGCCAUGAGUGUGGAAAGACUUUUACAUCUGCAGGUAACCUUAAGAAACAUUUGAGAAUUCAUACUGGAGAAAAACCUUUCACAUGUCAACAGUGUGGAAAGGGUUUCGGAGAUAAAAGUAACCUUCAGACUCACAUGAGAAUUCACACUGGUGAGAAACCUUACACAUGUCUUCAGUGUGGAAAGAGUUUCAGAAAAAAAUCUACCCUUGAGAUUCACACGAUGCUUCACACUGGAGUGAAACCCUUCACAUGUCCUCAGUGUGGAAAGAGUUUCACGACAAAAGCUAUCCUUGAGACUCACAUGAGACUUCACACUGGAGAGAAACCGUUUGCAUGUCCUCAUUGUGGAAAGAGUUUUAUGUGGGAAACAAGUCUCAGAAAUCACCAGCGCUUACAUUCUGAAGAAAAGACAUUCAACUCUUCUGUGCAGUUAUGAGUUUAUUAUGAAUCAGAAGAUACACACGAGUGGUCAUGAGUGGAUAUGUAAAGUCUUAACUCUUUCCCCGCCUUUGACGAGAUUUCUCGUCAAUCAAGAGAAAACGCUUCCCCGCCAAUGACGAGUAUUUCCGUCUUUCCGCAAUACCGCUAUUAUCCCUUCCGCAACUUUUUAAAACCGGAAGUAUUUCCCUAUGGCAAGCUGCUGCAUGUCUGUGUCUGUUUUAAAGAUCGCUCUGAAUGGGAUCUCUAUGAGAAGUCCGUCACAAAAAUGGAAUUAUCUCUGCUUUUUGCUCAAAAUGUGGUGUUUUUGCAGAAAAGCUGAUUUCAAAAGAACUGCUGAAGAUAGGAUGAAACGUUUUUUUUUUUUUUUGAAAGCAGAGGGUCUGUUCUUUCAUUUGAUAUAUUGUGUGUUUAUAUAUUUGAAGAAGAACAUUUUCUGGAAGGCAUUAAACUUUUGUGAAAAUCAUGAAAGGCGCUGGCUGGCAACUUUUUUAAAAAAACGCUGGCGGUGAAGGAGUUAACAUCGGGCCACACCAAAAGAUUUUUUAAAUCUUAUCAGAUCAGAGACCACAAACAUGAUGAGAAAAAAUACACUAUAUUGCCAAAAUCAGGAUUUCAACAUGUUGAAUAUUUCUGAAAAAUUCACACUCAAAAGAGAAGUUAUGUGAAAACAGUUCUGAUGUGUCAAGCAUUACUUAAUUACUCCACGUCUGUUUCAUGGUCUUUUGGGGGUUUAUAUGACCCCAGACCCUCUUCAAAUGGCUAAAAACAUGCAGUGUUAUUUUUUAUUUGGAUAUUUCAUGAUGUUUAUUUGGAUGUUUCUAUUUACAUCAGAUCAUUUUACAAAUGUUUUUACUUGAUUAUUGAUUAAAUGUGAAGUGAUAUGCCCCCAGUAAUAAGUUAUUACUGUAUGACCACUAAAAUGAUUGUCACAUGCUUUAAAUCUGUUCGGCACACAGAACACUAUCUUAGCAUUAAUAGAUGUGUUCAAAAAUAGCAGUGAACUAAUAAAAGUGAAUAAAGUGCUAAACAUGUUUAUUUAGUUAUUUUAACACUGUUAAAAUGUCUGUAGAAAUUACAGUAUUAUUGGCAGCGGUUGCCACUUACUUACUGUAGAUUUAAAUUUGUUAUUUACUGGCAACAGUUUGUUCAAAGUUAAAUAAACAUUAAACAUUAACAAGUCUUUUGUCUGCUCCCGUUCCACCACAUCCCAAAGAUGCUCUAUUGGGUUGAGAUCUGGUGACUGUGGGGGCCAUUUUAGUACAGUGAACUCAUUGUCAUGUUCAAGAAACCAAUUAGAAAUUAUUCGAGCUUUGUGGCAUGGUGCAUUAUCCUGCUGAAAGUAGCCAUCAGAAGGUGGUCAUAAAGGGAUAGACAUAGUCAGAAACAAUGCUCAGGUAGACCGUGGCAUUUAAACGAUUCCCAAUUGGCACUAAGGGGCCUUAAGUGUGCCAAGGAAAACAACCCCCACACCAUUACCACACCACCACCAGCCUGCACAGUGGUAACAAGGCAUGACAGAUCCAUGUUCUCAUUCUGUUUACACCAAAUUCUGACUCUACCAUCUGAAUGUCUCAUCAGAAAUCGAGACUCAUCAGACCAGGCAACAUUUUUACAGUCUUUAACUGUCCAAUUUUGGUGAGCUCGUGCAAAUUGUAGCCUCUUUUUUCUAUUUGUAGUGGAGAUGAGUGGUACCCGGUGGGGUCUUCUGCUGUGGUAGCCCAUCCGCCUCAAGGUUGUGCGUGUUGUGGCUUCACAAAUGCUUUGCUGCAUACCUCGGUUGUAACGAGUGGUUAUUUCAGUCAAAUUUGCUCUUCUAUAAGUUUGAAUCAGUCGGCUCAUUCUCCUCUGACCUCUAGCAUCAACACGGCAUUUUCGCUCACAGGACUUCCGCAUACUGGAUGUUUUUCCCUUUUCACACUAUUCUUUGCAAACCCUAGAAAUGAUUGUGCGUGAAAAUCCCAGUAACUGAGCAGAUUGUGAAAUACUCAGACCGGCCCGUCUGGCACCAACAACCAUGCCACGCUCAAAAUUGCUUAAAUCACCUUUCUUUCCCAUUCUGACAUUCAGUUUGGAGUUCAGGAGAUUAUCUUGACCAGGACCACACCCCUAAAUGCAUUGAAACAACUGCCAUGUGAUUGGUUGAUUAGAUAAUUGCAUUAAUGAGAAAUUGAACAGGUGUUCCUAAUAAUCCUUUAGGUGAGUGUAUAUUGUUCUUUAUUGGUAAAUCAACAAUUCUAAGUAUAGAAAACAGGAAAGUUAUGAAAUAUUUAAUAAAUGGUGAUAUUAUUGCUUUUUCAGUAUAACCCAUUCAAAUCUUUAAUCUUUCUAAAUAAAUUAUAAACGUAACGUGAUGAAAACGCUAUAAGAAACACAUAGAGGGAUCAGACUUCGACAGAACACCGGACAUCUUCUCUAAUUAUUUUCUAUUCUAAUUAUUAACUGUUAAUAGAUUUCCAGAUGAUUUCAUCACUCCAGUCUGUGUCCGUUUAAGGGCUUAUUGCAACCAUAAACACCUUCGUUUAUCCUCAAAUGGUGUCUUCGAAGACGGUAUUUUAUAAAAAAUGUCAAGAGUCAGGAGAUUAUAGGUAAAACACAGAGGUCAAACAAAUAAAUUGAAACCUAAUAAAUGGAAUUAUUCUUAUAAUAGGGCUAAGACACGAAAGAACACAAGUUCCCUUCACCCACGCCAUUGGUUUUGAUCGCAUUAAUGUCUAUAGGAGGAGAAAAUUAUGUUAAAAAAGCUUUUGUAAAACGAAGAUAGCUAACUUAACGUUAGGCGGCUAAACUGUGGUAAGAUUCCUUAAAGUGAAUGAAACGUUUUAUUUGUCUCUUUUUACCUCCGAGACUAGGUUAUUUUAGCAAAUAAUUUUAUCUCUUUCUUCAUUUAGUAACGUUAACUUAAAUAUGUGUAAAUAUUGAUUUCCGAUAAUUGAUUUGACACGUCGCAUGAAGAGAAUAUGAUGUAAGGGAAAAGCUUUGGAUAUUUUAUCUAAAAAUCGAUUGGCAACUAACUGCAGUGGUAAGAUCUGUAAAGUGUUUAUUUGUCUGUCAAUAAAUAUCUGUUUUAAGUCCUCUA